CGUGACGUCAUCGCCGCGCGCCCCUUCCCCGCAAGGCCCCCAGCGCGGCGCUCCCGGGGGGCUGCCCCGGGCGGUGCCUGUCCCGGUGCCCGUUCCCGGUGUCGGCCCCGCUCCCGGUUCAUCCCCCGCCCCAUCCCCGCCCCAUCCCCAGCCCCGCGAUGUCUCCGUGGGGCCGCUGCCCGCUGGUCGAGGACAGUUUCAGCCGGCUGGGCUCGCAGAGUAACGUGUACGGGCUGACGGCGCUGCGGGGCCCGGGGGGGGGGCCCGGGGGGGGCCCCGGGGGGCUCCUGGCGGCCGCGCUCAAGGGGAAGGUGCUGCUGUUCCGGUACCUGCAGCUGCGGCCCCGCCUGCGGCCCCUGGCCCGCGAGAUGCAGUUCACCUACAUCCCCGUGGAUGCCGAAAUCGUCUCCAUCGAUUCCUUCCCCAAAUCCCCCCCCCAGCGCGGCCUCGUCGUCGGCAUCACCUUCAUCAAGGACUCGGGGGACAAGCCAGCCCCUUCCUGA